GCCACGGCCACGCCACGGCCGGCGCCGGCGGCUCGGGUCCCGAGCAGGGGAAGAAGAGAGGCGGCGGGUGUAGCCGCCGGAACCGAGAGAGGAUUUUGGCUCCGCGGGCGCGCCCUCCGCUGCCUCUCGCAGCGGCGCCAGGCGCCCAGAGGGGCCAGCGGCGGGGGAGGAGGACCCGGGACCUCCUGUCCCCGCAGCCCGGGAGCGGCCGGAGUUCGGACUUGUGCAACUGUUGGCACUUUGCGGGGCUGGCUCUGUGUCUGGCUGUUUCCCCGUCCCUCUUCGCUGCCGCGGAGCCAAAGCUGCCGUCUCCCUUCCGCCGCCGGGGAGCGGCCCGGCGCGCACUCAGCACCAUGAGACUUGGGACUUGCCUGGCGACUUUGGCCGGACUUUUGCUAACUGCAGCGGGGGACACGUUUUCAGGUGGUUGCCUCUUUGAUGAGCCAUACAGCACCUGUGGAUACAGUCAAGCCGAAGAUGAUGACUUCAACUGGGAGCAGGUGAACACCUUGACCAAACCAACUUCUGAUCCGUGGAUGCCAUCAGGUUCUUUCAUGCUGGUGAAUACAUCUGGGAGACCCGAGCAGCAGACAGCCCAUCUGCUCUUACCUCAGCUUAAAGAAAAUGACACUCACUGCAUCGAUUUUCACUAUUUUGUGUCCAGCAAGAGUAAUUCUGCACCCGGACUACUCAAUGUCUAUGUGAGGGUCAAUAGUGGGCCCUUGGGAAAUCCCAUCUGGAAUAUAUCUGGAGACCCGACGCGCACGUGGAACAGGGCGGAACUAGCUAUUAGCACUUUCUGGCCUAACUUUUAUCAGGUGAUUUUUGAAGUGGUAACCUCUGGACAUCAAGGCUACCUCGCUAUUGAUGAAGUGAAGGUGUUAGGACAUCCGUGCACCAGAACUCCUCACUUCCUGCGGAUUCAGAACGUGGAGGUGAACGCCGGCCAGUUUGCCACCUUCCAGUGCAGCGCCAUCGGCAGGACCGUGGCCGGCGACAGGCUGUGGCUACAGGGCAUCGACGUGCGCGACGCUCCCCUGAAGGAAAUAAAGGUGACUAGUUCCCGAAGAUUCACAGCUUCAUUUAAUGUGGUGAAUACGACAAAACGAGAUGCUGGGAAGUACCGCUGCAUGAUUCGCACCGAAGGAGGUGUUGGGAUAUCCAACUAUGCGGAAUUGGUAGUUAAAGAGCCACCUGUUCCCAUUGCCCCACCCCAGCUGGCCUCCGUGGGAGCGACCUACCUGUGGAUUCAGCUCAACGCCAACUCCAUCAAUGGAGAUGGGCCCAUCGUGGCCCGGGAGGUGGAGUACUGCACAGCCAGUGGGAGCUGGAACGACCGGCAGCCUGUGGAUUCCACCAGUUACAAAAUUGGGCACCUUGAUCCAGACACAGAAUAUGAGAUUAGUGUGCUCCUCACCAGGCCAGGGGAAGGUGGCACCGGGUCUCCUGGGCCAGCUCUCAGGACAAGAACCAAGUGUGCUGAUCCCAUGCGUGGCCCAAGAAAACUCGAAGUGGUAGAGGUGAAAUCUCGACAGAUCACUAUCCGCUGGGAGCCGUUUGGGUAUAAUGUAACUCGCUGUCACAGUUACAAUCUCACCGUCCACUACUGUUACCAAGUUGGAGGCCAGGAACAGGUGCGAGAAGAAGUAAGCUGGGACCCCGACAAUUCGCACCCGCAGCACACGAUCACGAACCUGUCGCCGUACACCAACGUCAGCGUGAAACUCAUCCUCAUGAAUCCCGAGGGCCGCAAGGAGAGUCAGGCGCUCGUUGUCCAGACGGAUGAAGACCUCCCAGGUGCUGUCCCCACUGAAUCCAUCCAAGGAAGUACCUUUGAAGAGAAGAUAUUUCUUCAGUGGAGAGAACCCACCCAAACAUAUGGUGUAAUCACUUUAUAUGAGAUCACCUACAAAGCAGUCAGUUCUUUUGACCCAGAAAUAGACUUAUCCAAUCAAAGUGGAAGAGUCUCAAAACUGGGAAAUGAAACUCACUUCCUGUUUUUUGGACUGUAUCCUGGGACCACAUACUCCUUCACCAUCCGAGCCAGCACAGCUAAGGGCUUUGGGCCUCCAGCAACAAACCAGUUUACGACCAAGAUAUCAGCACCCUCGAUGCCAGCUUAUGAACUUGAGACACCUUUGAAUCAAACUGACAACACAGUGACAGUCAUGCUGAAACCUGCACAGAGCAGAGGAGCACCUGUCAGUGUAUAUCAAAUUGUUGUGGAGGAAGAACGCCCCCGAAGAACGAAGAAGACAACGGAAGUCCUGAAGUGCUACCCGGUGCCCAUUCACUUCCAGAAUGCUUCCAUACUGAACUCUCAGUACUACUUCGCGGCAGAGUUUCCAGCGGACAGCCUGCAAGCAGCUCAGCCUUUCACUGUUGGGGAUAACAAGACCUACAGUGGAUACUGGAACACUCCUCUGCUCCCCCACAAAAGCUACAGAAUUUAUUUCCAAGCUGCUAGUCGAGCCAAUGGGGAAACCAAAAUAGACUGUGUUCGAGUGGCCACAAAAGGAGCUGCCACUCCAAAACCAGUCCCAGAACCCGAGAAACAAACAGACCACACGGUUAAAAUCGCUGGAGUCAUUGCCGGCAUCUUGCUGUUCGUUAUUAUAUUUCUCGGAGUUGUGUUGGUAAUGAAGAAAAGGAAACUGGCCAAGAAGCGGAAGGAGACGAUGAGCAGCACCCGGCAGGAGAUGACUGUGAUGGUGAACUCCAUGGACAAGAGCUAUGCUGAGCAAGGCACCAACUGCGACGAGGCCUUCUCGUUCAUGGACACGCACAAUCUGAAUGGGAGGUCCGUGUCCUCACCAUCGUCCUUUACAAUGAAAACCAACACACUGAGCACGUCGGUGCCUAAUUCCUAUUACCCAGAUCCAUUUGUGCCAACUGCAAUUCUAGAUGAGACCCACACAAUGGCCAGCGAUACCAGCAGCCUGGUGCAGUCCCACACUUACAAGAAGCGCGAGCAGACAGACGUACCCUACCAGACCGGGCAGCUUCACCCCGCCAUCCGGGUGGCGGAUCUCCUGCAACACAUCACGCAGAUGAAGUGUGCCGAGGGCUACGGCUUCAAGGAGGAAUACGAGAGCUUCUUUGAAGGGCAGUCAGCACCGUGGGACUCCGCGAAGAAAGAUGAGAACAGAAUGAAGAACAGAUAUGGGAAUAUCAUCGCAUAUGACCAUUCCCGGGUGAGGCUGCAGACAAUAGAAGGAGACACCAACUCAGACUACAUCAAUGGCAAUUACAUCGAUGGCUAUCAUCGACCCAAUCAUUAUAUUGCUACUCAAGGGCCAAUGCAGGAGACCAUCUAUGACUUCUGGAGGAUGGUGUGGCAUGAAAACACUGCAAGCAUAAUCAUGGUGACCAACCUUGUGGAGGUGGGAAGGGUCAAAUGCUGCAAAUAUUGGCCAGAUGACACAGAGAUAUAUAAAGACAUUAAAGUUACCUUAAUCGAAACAGAACUCCUGGCAGAAUAUGUGAUAAGAACAUUUGCUGUUGAAAAGAGAGGCGUUCAUGAAAUCCGCGAGAUCAGACAGUUUCACUUCACCGGAUGGCCCGAUCACGGGGUCCCCUACCAUGCCACCGGCCUGCUGGGAUUUGUCCGGCAGGUCAAAUCCAAGAGCCCGCCCAAUGCCGGCCCUCUGGUGGUGCACUGCAGCGCUGGUGCGGGGAGGACUGGCUGCUUCAUCGUCAUUGACAUCAUGUUGGACAUGGCUGAGAGAGAAGGUGUGGUGGACAUCUACAACUGCGUGCGGGAGCUGCGGUCGCGGAGAGUGAACAUGGUGCAAACAGAGGAGCAGUAUGUGUUUAUCCAUGAUGCCAUCCUGGAAGCCUGUCUUUGUGGAGACACCUCUGUCCCUGCCUCCCAAGUCAGGUCUCUGUACUAUGACAUGAACAAACUGGAUCCACAGACAAACUCAAGCCAAAUUAAAGAGGAAUUCCGGACCCUAAACAUGGUGACGCCAACACUACGUGUGGAAGACUGCAGCAUCGCACUUUUGCCGCGGAACCAUGAAAAGAACCGGUGCAUGGACAUCCUGCCCCCCGACCGAUGCCUGCCCUUCCUCAUCACCAUCGACGGGGAGAGCAGCAACUACAUCAACGCCGCCCUCAUGGAUAGCUACAAACAGCCUUCGGCUUUUAUAGUCACCCAGCAUCCUUUGCCAAACACAGUCAAAGACUUCUGGAGACUGGCCCUGGAUUAUCACUGCACGUCAGUUGUUAUGCUAAACGAUGUGGAUCCUGCCCAGCUGUGUCCGCAGUACUGGCCAGAAAACGGAGUGCACAGGCAUGGCCCCAUCCAAGUGGAGUUUGUGUCUGCUGACCUCGAAGAGGACAUCAUCAGCAGGAUAUUCCGUAUUUAUAAUGCAGCCAGACCCCAAGAUGGAUAUCGGAUGGUGCAGCAGUUCCAGUUCCUGGGCUGGCCGAUGUACAGGGACACACCGGUGUCCAAGCGCUCCUUCCUGAAGCUCAUUCGCCAAGUGGACAAGUGGCAGGAGGAAUACAACGGCGGUGAAGGCCGCACAGUCGUGCACUGCCUGAACGGCGGCGGCCGCAGUGGCACGUUUUGUGCCAUCAGCAUCGUCUGUGAGAUGCUUCGACACCAGAGAAGCGUGGACGUCUUCCACGCGGUGAAGACGCUGAGGAACAACAAACCCAACAUGGUGGAUCUCCUGGAUCAGUACAAGUUCUGCUACGAGGUGGCCCUGGAGUACUUGAAUUCCGGCUGACAACAGCGAGGGACCUGCAGACAAAGCCCUCCGUCCCAUGGAGCCGGGGCGGGCUGCGGUGUGCGUGUAGACGAGAUGGAGACUUCUCAAAUACGCUUAUUUUGCUUUGCAUAAUUGGCUCUUUUUAAGAGCCCCCAGAACAUGUUUCUAAAACUGCUUGCACUGCCCAAUUCCCAGUCAUGCUGCUGCCGAGGGACUCCCACGCUCUGCAUACAGGCGCCAGAUACCGCACUCCCAGUCGCCGGCUUGUUAGAGCAGCGCAGACAUCUGGUCAACCGAAGAGCACAAUUAUAUUCAUAGGAAGGGAUCUGUACCUUUGGGGUAUGAAUUUGUGGCCUGUGAUCCUUCGUUGUUGCCGCCGAGUGUCCGUCUUUGUUCAGUGGAGAAUGCUCUCUGGCAUUAUAUUAUUUUACUUAAUAUUUGUAUUUUAACAUGUUGCAUAAUAGAAACUCCUGUAGCUUUCCAGGACUAACAGAUAAAUGUGUAACGGACAAAGAGAUGUCGUAUGAGUUCCUGUUGCUAUCAGAUUUGUAUUGUUUCCAAGGGAGAAGCUUGGGAGGACUCGGUUCACCAAUACAGGACCCGAUGGUCAGAUGCAGAGAUCCAAAGCUUUUCCGUGUGUUUAUACUUGUAAAUAUUUUUGAUUUCAUCAAAUUAUUUAUUCAUUAAAAGAAAUUUUUGUGAAGCACAGUGAGUGACAAUCAUUUUUAUCAAGCCCUGCAAACGAUGUCCUGUAUGAUGUUACCUUGUGUGAAUUCUCGACUCAAUAAAUGCUGACCCAUGA